CUGGACCAGGGAGCUACGAAGUGCCCGCGUUUGUGCUCCGGACAAGUCCAGCCGAUGACAUCACUGGAGUAGGAGUUAUGUAAUUUAAGGCCACCACACUUCCAUAGGGCUUCCCAGAACAGAAGAUCUCUCCAGAGGCCACUCUCACCAUCAGAAAGCCCAGCUGAAGUUGCGACCUCUUUCACUUUGGGUCACCGUGGAUGGCCUCCCGGACCCUCCUGGAGUUCCAGUCCUCCAACCAGAGCCAGCUCCCGCCUCCAAAUGCCACGUCCUGCGACAGCGCUCAGGAAGCCUGGGACCUGCUGCAUAGAGUCUUACCCACGUUUAUCAUCACCAUCUGCUUCUGUGGGCUGCUGGGAAACCUCUUUGUGCUGUCCAUCUUUCUCUUGGCCCGACGGCGUCUGAACGCGGCAGAAAUCUACCUGGCCAACCUGGCGGCUUCCGACCUGGUGUUCAUCUUGGGCUUGCCCUUCUGGGCAGAGAACAUCUGGAAGGAAUUCAACUGGCCUUUCGGAGCCCUCCUCUGCCGCGUGGUCAACGGUGUCAUCAAGGCCAAUCUCUUCAUCAGCAUCUUCCUGGUGGUGGCCAUCAGCCAGGACCGCUACUGCGUGCUGGUGCACCCCAUGGCCAGCCGGAGGCGGCGGCGACGGCGGUGGGCUCAGGCCACCUGCGUGCUCAUCUGGGCCAUGGGGGGCCUCCUAAGUAUCCCCACGUUCCUGCUGCGCUCCGUCCAAGCUGUCCCGGAACUGAACAUCUCCGCCUGUGUGUUGCUGUACCCCAGCGAGGCCUGGCCCUUUGCAAGGAUGGUGGAGUUAAACGUGCUGGGGUUCCUCCUCCCACUGGUUGCAAUUGUCUUCUUCAACUGUCACAUCCUGGCAGCCCUGCGAGGGCGGGGGCAGGUCAGAAAGACAAGGCACGGGGGGCCCACGGAUGGCAAGACCACGGCCCUGAUCCUCUUGCUUGUGGCUGCCUUCCUGCUCUGCUGGACCCCCUACCACUUCUUUGCCUUCCUGGAAUUCCUGCUCGAGGUGCGGGCUGUCAGAGGCUGCUUCUGGGAGAAUUUCACCGACCUGGGCCUGCAAUGGGCCAACUUCUUUGCUUUCAUGAACAGCUGCCUGAAUCCAGUGAUUUAUGUCUUUUUGGGCUGGCUUUUCAGGACCAAGGUCUGGGAACUUUAUAAACGAUGCAUCCCUAGAUGACUGACUCCAAUAUCCACGUCCCAUAGAAAAGAAAUCCUUCAACUUUUCUGGCGGAAUUAAAACAGCGGGGAGGGACUUCCCUGGUGGCACAGUGGUUUAGAAUCCUCCUGCCAAUGCAGGGGACACGGGUUCGAGCCCUGGUCCGGGAAGAUCCCACAUGCCGCGGAGCAACUAAGCCUGUGCGCCACAACUACUGAGCCUGCACUCUGGAGCCGGAGAGCCACAACUACUGAAGCCCGCGCACCUAGAGCCCGUGCUCCGCAACAAGAGAAGCCACCGCAAUGAGAAGCCCGCGCACUGCAACGAAGAGUGGCCCCCGCUCGCCGCAACUAGAGAAAGCCUGCGCGCAGCAACGAAGACCCAACACAACCAAAAAUAAAUAAAUAAAAUAAAUAAAUUUAUUUUAAAAAGUAAGCAUCAGGGAGCCAAGAAGUGUGACUUCCUCAUCAACUAUUACUGACGUAAUAAAUACUACUGUAAUAAGCUGAAUGAUGGUCCCCCAAGAUCACCAGGACCUAGUCCCUGGAACCUGUAAAUGUGUAUAGGGUAAUGGGGACUUUGCAGAUGUAAUUAAGCAAAGGAUCUUGAGAUGGAAAAUUAUCCUGGGUUAUCUGGGUGACCCAAUGUCAUCACAAGGGUCUUUAUAAAAAGAGGAGGCAGAAGUGUCAGAGACAGAGAAGGCUGGAGGGAUACAAUGAAGGGGCCACAGGCCAAGAAUUGCAGGUCCCCUGUCGAGACGUGAAAUGGCAAAGAAAUGGAUCCUCCCUGGAGCCUCCUUCUGGAACCAGCCCUGCUGACAUCUUGAUUUCAGCCCAGUGAUGCCUGGUCUCCAGAACCAGAA